AUGAGGGAUAGUAUAAAUUCAAAAAGAAAUAAUUUAAAUGUGCAGAGUAUCAAAAAAUAUUUAGAUAAAGGGAACAAACAACCCGUACUUGUAUUCUUUGGUGGUAGUACAGAUAAAGAAAUCGUGGUACGUCUGGGUUUAGGAAACUAUACUAUGCUGGAGCUAACGUCUUACGAUUUAUGUGACAACCUCGUAUUUUAUUUGCAAUUGAAAAUAAUGAGUACUAAAAAAAUUAUAGCCCAAGAGGAGAUUGGGUACGCCGACAAAAGCGGCCGUCAAUUAAAUUUAAGCGAGACGCAAAAAUUAGUAUGCAAUCAGGUUCACCCUAUAACAUACGAGCAAUGA